GGGGAGGAGCCAGGGAGUUGAGAGAGGGAGAGAAGGGAGGCAGAGAGAAAAAGCAGACGGGCUGCUGAAAAUGGAGAGCACACGGAGAAAGGUGAUCGGAGAUUAUUCAAGAGCAUGUCAAAAUAGGAAGACCACAACAGUUACACUAAACUCAAAAUAGGGAAUAACUCCACCGCAUAGACCCUUUUAGAAGAAGGAUCCAGCCUGCGAGAGCAACAUUUAGCUGUUUGAUUUCAGCACAAGAUCAAGUCAGUAGAAGAGAAGGUGUUUCUCAGUAUGAGUCGAGAUGGGCGGAGGAAGAGGGACAGGGAUGACAACGGUUGGGCCUCCAGGGGUGGCUACAUGGCUGCUAAGGUGUCCAAGCUGGAUGAGCAGUUUAAGAUGGACGCCCCCAGAGAGAAACAGAAAGAUGGAGUCUGCUCUAGCAUCUUCACUGGGGUGGCCAUAUAUGUCAACGGGUACACAGACCCCAGUGCGGACGAGCUGCGCAGGCUGAUGAUGCUGCAUGGGGGUCAGUUUCACAUGUACUACUCCCGCUCCAAGACAACCCACAUAAUAGCCACCAACCUGCCCAACAGCAAGAUACAGGAGCUGAGGGACCAGAAGGUGGUCCGGCCGGAGUGGAUCACUGACAGUAUCAAGGCUGGCCAUCUCCUGUCCUACCUGCAGUACCAGCUCUAUGCCAAGCAGAAAGGCCUGAGCUUCCCCAGUGUGUGUGUUCGCCAGGGCCAGGAGGCUGCAGGACUCAGCCACGGGCAAAUCCAACCCAGCCACAGCCUCCCUGUACCCAGCCUCAAUAACCUCAUACCUGUCCUCAGCAACCCAUCCCCCAGCCUUGGGAAGCCCCUAUCCAGCCACAGUCAUCUACACAUAGACAAUCUCCUCCCCCAGCCCAACCAGUGUAACCCGCUAGCUGGUGACCUCAACCCCCAGCCCAGCCACUCGCUCCCCCUCCCCAGUCACCUUAACCCCCAGCCCAGACACUUUAGCCCAGGACACUGCUUUCUCAGCCCCUACUCCUCCAAUCAUCUCUACUCUGACCCAGGACACAUCCCCCACCACCCACCCAGCCAAGGGCAGGCCAAGCCAGGCUGCAUCCAGCCUCUUGCUCCAGCCGACACCCACUUACAGACCCCCGGUCCCAUCCCAGCUCACCCCAGCCAUGAGCACUCUAAACCUGGGCACGCACAACCUCAGUCCAGCCUCUCCUUCUCCAACCACCUCCAGCACAGCUACCGGGAUCUGGACUUCAGACUAAAUGGAUCAUUACUGACCUAUGACAAAAUGAGGACCGCCCAAAUAAACUGGGUGCAAGAGGGGGGCGGUGAGGACCCCUGUCCUGUCAGACCCACCAGAGGGGCAACGGACCCCCCUCUGACCAAUGGUCACACCCACCCUGUGAAUGGUGCCUUAAAGCCUCUGGAUCUCUCCCCCAAGCCCACACUACCCACAGACACACCCACGGGGGGGUCUGUGUCCCUGCAUCCUGCCAGCCCCCUAUCCAACUCUCCUUUGAAAUCUGACCCCCCCAAACUUCUCCACAGCCCCCCCAGGAACCCAACUCCUCCCCCUGUGUCUCACCACAGACACCACGAACAACUGGCCAAUGAACAGCGACCCAAACCUCCGCCGCCCACCUAUCAGGAGGCGACGGCUGCCUUGGCGUCCCGCCCCCUCGUUCUCCCACCGCCGAAGCCCCGUCAAUCAGAUUCCCCUCCUGAGAAACCCCUCCCCCUUGAUAACCCAAACCUCUCCACUUCCCCUAUCCGUCUGAAUGGCAGUCACCACAAUGCCUUUACACCUAACCCCGCCCCUCUUGAAACCAACAACUUAUCAGCUAUUCCCUCAAAUCCCGCCCCUCCAGACAGCGACCACCAAUCAGUACUGGCGAAGACCGGGGGGAUCAUCUCAGAGUUCUACUCCCACUCUCGUCUACAUCACAUCUCCACGUGGAGGAGUGAGUUCUCUGAGUAUGUCAACAUGCUGCAGAGCAGGAGGGGGGCCACAGGGGGCGCAACAUUCCCCGGGAGAGACAGGCUCAAACGCCAGAGGAGAGAGGGUUCGUCAGCUGCUCCUGGCCCUCAGUCCUGUAUCCUGCAUGUGGACAUGGACUGUUUCUUUGUCUCUGUGGGGAUCAGACACAGGCCCGACCUCAAAGGGAAGCCAGUAGCUGUGACCAGUAACCGUGGUCCAGGCAGAGUGGCCCAGAGGCCUGGUGUUGACCGCCAGCUGGAGCUGCAGUACUAUCAGAGGAAAUACUCCCAUGCAGGUGUCUCGGGGAGGAAGGAUGGGGACCUGGAGGAAAUGACCUCGGCCGAGAGUCACGUCUCCCACGGCAAUGGUGUGGACCCGGACACAACUUGCCUCUCUAUGGCUGAGAUUGCCUCCUGUAGCUACGAGGCCAGGCAGGCAGGAGUGAGGAAUGGGAUGUUUUUUGGCCAGGCCAAACAGCUGUGUCCUUCCCUGCAGUCUGUCCCUUAUGACUUCCAGGCUUACAAGGAGGUGGCACUGGCUAUGUACGAGACCCUCGCCAGUUAUACUCACAACAUUGAAGCUCUGAGUUGUGACGAGGCGUUGGUGGAUUGCUCUGCCCUGCUGGCUGAGUUGGGUGCUACACCUGAAGAGCUGGCCAGCGCCAUCCGGACAGAUGUCAGGGAGAGGACUGGGUGCACUGCCUCGGUGGGCAUGGGGUCCAACAUCCUGCUGGCGAGGAUGGCGACCCGGAAGGCCAAGCCGGACGGACAGUACCUCCUGAGGUCAGAGGAAGUGGACGACUUCAUCAGGGACCACAGGGUCACUAGCCUGCCAGGUGUGGGCCGUUCUAUGGGCGCAAAGCUGGCGUCUCUGGGUGUGAGGUCGUGUGGGGACCUGCAGCAGGUGUCUCUACAGCAACUGCAGAAGGAGUUUGGCCCUCGCACCGGGCAGACCCUCUUCAGGUUCUGCCGAGGUCUCGACGACCGGCCCGUACGCAGCGAGAAGGAAAGGAAGUCUGUCUCGGCCGAGAUGAACUACAACAUCCGCUUCACACAGGUGGACGAGGCGGAGUCGUUCCUGACCAACCUGUCCAUGGAGGUACAGAAGCGUCUUCAGGGGGCGGGGCUCAGGGGUCGCAGACUGACCCUAAAGGUCAUGGUGCGUAAGGUGGGGGCCCCGGUGGAGCCAUCCAAAUAUGGUGGUCACGGCAUCUGUGACAAUCUGGCCAGGUCAGUGACCCUGGCCCAGUCGACAGACAGUGGUCAGCUGAUAGCCAGUGAGGUCAUCAAGCUGUUCCACUCAAUGAGGCUGGAGGUGCAGGACCUGAGGGGGGUGGGCCUUCAGGUGCAGCUCCUUGAUGGGGCUCACUCAGCCGCCUAUGACCCCUCCGGCCCUAAAACACGCUCCAUCAGAGACAUGCUUUUGGCCCAGCGGCCCCCCGCCCAACACAACCACACAGAUUUGCUAGCUGAUGCUCCUGUUGCUGACUCAACCACCAAUCAGGGGAAGAGUUCCUCUGCCAGAGUCCCACCCCCCUUCUCCACUCUCCGCCCUCCUUCGCCUGCUGAUCCAAUCCCAGGGACAAGUAAAGAAGAGCCGCUGCCCUCUACACGCACACCUAACCAUGUUCGGACACGCCUCAACCUCAGCAUCGAGGUCCCCUCUCCUUCACAGGUGGACAGGUCAGUGUUGGACGCCUUGCCUGCAGAAUUGAGAGAACAGGUGGAGCGCUCCUGGACCCACAGAGAGAAAGAGAGAUCCCACAACGGGUCACACCAUCGCCCCUCUAGCCCUCACCCCUCAUCCCUUCUUUCUUCCCCCUCCUCUCCUCCUACCCCCGCUGCCCUUCCUGUAGGAACACUGGUGCUUCAGAUCCCCAACCAGCCUGGACAGCCUGGCUCCACGGGCAUCAUACUGGAACUGCCUGACUUUUCCCAGGUUGACCCGGAGGUGUUUGCCGCACUCCCCAGAGAGCUCCAGGAGGAACUGCGUUCAGCGUACAGCCGCAGAGAGACCGCCCAGGCCCAAGGGAUCAUCAUGGCAGAGCAGAGGAACCCCCUGUUGCAGCUGAAGCAGGUUGGAGUGGGUCGGGUGAAGAGGCGCUACAAGAAGAAGAACACCAACUCCAGCCCCAUUAAGAAAGGCCCCUCCCCUCUAAAGAAGCCCCACCCACAAGGAAACAGCCCUGCCAAAGCCCUACAGCACCCGCUCAGACCGAGGGACCUACCCAACGGCCUCAAGAUGGAGAAUGGACCUUCCACAUCCUCCCUAAAGCAGGAUGUCCCAGAGACUCUGUCUAAGUUCACCCCUCGCCCUGAACCAACCCUGGCUGGAGCCUGUGAUUUCACGGACAUCCGAACACUACUCAGAGAAUGGGUCACUACCAUCUCAGAACCCAUGGAGGAGGACAUUCUGCAGGUGGUCAAGUACUGCACUGAUCUGAUCGAGGACAAAGACCUGGAGAAACUUGACCUGGUCAUCAAGUACAUGAAGAGGUUGAUGCAGCAGUCUGUGGAGUCUGUGUGGAGCAUGGCCUUUGACUUCAUCCUGGACAACGUGCAGGUGGUGGUACAGCAGACCUACGGCAGCACUCUGAAGAUCACAUAGGAGAGGACACGGCAGGCUCUAGCCAAGUCUCAAAUCACACCUUAUUCCCCACAUAGUGCACUGGUCAAAAGUAGUGCAAUAGUAUGUGGGGGAUAGGAUGCCAUUUGAGAUCCAGUUUUGCUCCUCCACACACUCUGCAUCAGUGUUCUGUUUGUUGUACCACUGUUACAUCAUCAAACUAUUACAUCAUAAUCCUGACGGGAGGAGCUGUGUUCUCUUGUGACAUCACAGUGAAAGUUCUGUGACAUCAGCUCAGCAAGCCCCAUAGAAUGAGUAAUAAUAGGAUCUAUAUGACAAGCUCUCUCUCACUGACCUGCGUUCUAUUUCGACUUCAUUAUGACACACGUCAGCAGAACACAGCACAGGAAUCGGCCGCACUACACUUCAGCAGCCUGAAUAUCAACUUGGCCCGACACGCACUGUCCAACCUUUGGCUGACUCGGCCAUUAGGUGUGUGAAUAUGCCAAAUAUCACAGUCUGAUGGUGGCCAUGGAAUCUCCUUGCCUUCUCGACGGUCUACUCUGCCCCCCCCCCCCUAUUCUGUGACAUCCAGGGUUUGGAGGCAGAAAGAAGGAGACCAUAGACAUCUACUUUUCCUGGCUCUGUUUCUUUUCUCUCUGCUUAUCACCAGUCGUUCUGUUACUCUAAGCUCUGCCACCAUAGCCUCAGAAGUAUCUGCAAACUGACAUGGUAGCAAAAAGAUGCAAAAACAUCCUGUUUGGGAGAUUGUUUUUAAAAAGCAAGCAAUUUUUUUUGUACGUUUCCUCUGCAAAAAAAAAAAAGUGCCAAACCUUGUUAUGGCAUGUAAAUUGUGUUUUCAACACCUCUUGUUAAGUUUCAAAAGAAAAAAACUUUCUAUAUAGACAUUCUUACGUUUUCUCUUGUAUUGGUUACAAGUAGUGUGUUAUUAACUGUUGUUAGUUCUCUCCUUUUGCUCUUUCAUCGUGUGUGUUUGUGACGGAAUGGAAACCAACAUUUGGCCGAAGCACUUAUGUAACUUUUUUUAUGCAACCUCUAUAGGUUGACACAGAAUUGCAAUGGUGUGAAGUGGCUUCCUCUCCUUCAACUACACUGAUCUAGGAGAAGGCAAUACUAUAUCGCUUUGGAUAGCUACUAUGUGACGUGCAGAUGGUGAGGAGGGGAAGCCAUUUUAGGCUGUUGUGAGGCACCCACUCUCCUUAUGAGCUGUCAAUACUCUGUGACAUCAAAUGAAAUAAUACUUGCUUAUGCCCUCACAACAAUGUCACACCUUUUUGUGACGUUGCAGAAUUAAAUGUUCUCUUAUUGUGACAUCGCGGGAUACAAAUGUUCAAGAGGGCACACAUUUGUUGCAAAAAAAAAAAAGAACUGACAGUUUUCUCUCAUUGUGACAUCAGCAGAGUGGAUGACAUGGUGGUUUUGAAAUGGUUUCUACUGUACCUGAUCCAUGAUCAUAUAACGGUGAGUAUGCUGGGGAAAUGAAUGUAGUUCUAAACACAGGAGACACAGACAACCCUUUGAUUCGGAGUUUAUUUCCUUAGAAUGUGUAUGCUGUAUAAUGCUCACUUUUCCUCUCAUCUGCCCUAACUCUACAAAAGGGAAGGGCCAGAAGGAAUUAUCUCAUUGGUCAGUGUACCUGUCUAUCACGACUGACCCGUGCCUGAAGACCUGAAGCUGUGACAUCAUUUGUAUGUUUUCUAAGAACUUGAUAAUAAACUUGGAACUUGUAAAAUUC